AGAAUCGAAAAAAAUUUUAAAGUUAAGAAUAAUAUUACUACAAUGGAAACUCAACUCAAUUUUAUGUUAGAUAAUGAAACACACAAAAAGAUCCCAAUUGGACAAUUGGUAAAAUUAGAUACAUUAUUGUAUUCACAUGGUACACCCACAUCCUCAAGUCUAUUGUAUAACUUAUUAAGAAAAUUGGUUGACUUAUGGUGCUUAUUAAAAGAUAUAAGAAAAGAAUAUGAAUCAUGUAUAAAUAGUAGCCUCACUUACAAUCCAGAGGACCAAGAAAAUAUUAAUAUGUUUGGUAAUAUUAUAAAUCCAAAUAUUAAGACACCACCACAUAAAUAA